AAACAUAAUCCGGAAUCAAGAUGGCUGCCUCCAUGUGCAAUGUGGGGCUUGUCCGUCGACAAUUGUUUUUAUUGGUGAAACGGAAAACAGACUGUCGUCACCUUCUUGGUGAACGCUGUUGUUCAAGUGCUUCGGAAGGGGAAGGAGUUGAGCAUGAAGACCAGGCGCCCCAGUCGCCAUUGUUUGUCGAAGACGACUAUUUUGGUGUUUCGAUUCCCGAAGAACAGUGGUCGGUUCCGCGAUUAUCCGGACUUGCAAAAGACGAUUUAUUUAAAAAGUAUCAGUCAGACAGCAUAAGCGAGGCGGAGAAACACAAAAUGCAUUAUGUUAACAUGCGCUUUGGAAAGGUGCGUUUUGACAAUGUACCAGAAAUUAAACAUCACAAGGAUACGAGAGACAAAUUCCACGACUUUAAUCAAGUCCGCGUGAAAAUGGACAUAUUGAAUAGUAUGAACCGCGAUGAAACAGAAACGAACAAAUCGGGAGAGAAAUAUUUUGUUUCUUUUAUGGAUCAAUUCAAAAAAGAUUCAAAUGAUCACGAGACAUCUGUGUCACAAGAGUCUGAUGGCAUCAAAACUAUACCCAAGGAACCAAAGAUAAGAAAGCAAAAAGCUGGGAUGGAAAAAUUUGAUUCAUUCCCUGAGAAAUUUGUAAAGCCAAUGAAGAGUGUGCAACCAAGAUGGAAUGAAACGGAGAGCAUACCACCGUCUCAUGUUGAUAAACAAACAAAAGUUGAAUAUGGUGAUUCAAAUUUGAAAGUUUCAAAUGUCAACAUGGAAGCUAACAAUGACUUAAAGGAUGCUGGUAGUGCUGGUUUGAACUUUAUAGAUCAGCAGUAUUUUCAACAGGAAAUUGUUCCAACAAUGCCAAAAGAUUCAACUUCGUCAAACUUAAAUACAUCACAGGAUAAUUAUUCCGAAGAAGUUAUACCAGAAUUUGAUCCUGAUUUGUUGUUUUCUGAAACAGAUAAAGAAAUAUAUCUAGAAAGAAAUAAACUAAGUUCUGAUAAAAAAAUCAGAUCUUCCUAUCUAGAAACCGAAGAUUCUGAAAGUUUUCCCCAAACCCACCCAGCACAAAUGAGUGCAACUUCAAGCAUGAAAACAGUAGAUAGAAGAAGGACGAAGAAAAAGCAUGAAAGAUUUUCUGAUUUAGAAAUGUUACCGCCUCAGCAUCAAGCCGUGCCUUCUCCAACAGAUCAAGCAGAUUCAAGUAAAAUAUCUAAGUUGUCAUUAUUGGAAACUGCAGAUACUUCCAAGACAAACUCUAAUGCUAUGAAUUUUAUUGAUCAACAAUUUUUUGGGGAACAAUUCACCGAUGAGGACAUCUCAGGAAAAACAUCAAGUAGUGAACACUUAUUGAAUGAUCAAGAAUCUGCUUCAGAUUUGAACUUUAUAGAUGAAGAAUAUUUUAAAGAAGCUGUAUCUAUUUCUACCCAAAAUCUAGCUCAGUUGUGGGCUCCAGACCAUGAGAAAUUUGAAAACAAACUUGAUGAACAAUAUUUUACCAGUUCUACUGAAAAUGAGAAAAGAUCUAGGAAAAAGAAAGAGGAUGGAAAUGAUAUGGACAAACGUUUUAGCCAUCUUAUGCAAGGUCAAGUUAUGGAUGACCUUGAAAGAGAUGCUGUAAUGGAAAGGAAAAGAGCUAUAACAGAAAGGAAUGAGAAUGGUGCAGAAGAUAUGUUGGGUUCAGCCUAUGACUCAGUACAAAAGCUUAAGCUUGAGAGGAAUCAAGCAACUAAUCUAGAAGGAGGCGCUCCAUUACGUGACAGUAAGGGAAUGAAGGUGAUGAAGACCACAGUUCCACAGCUCCACAAGAUGACAACCGUCGAAAUCGUACACAUGAUCACCAGACACAUCUUGUAUGACAGUGAUGACAUUGUGGCCAUAUAUAAACCCUACGGACUACCUACACACGGGGGCCCUGGCAUAGCGGUCAGUGUGGCGCAACUAAAGGAGCAAAUUGGCCAGAAUCUCUCUAAGAAACAGGACACAUUGUACAUGGUGCACAGACUGGACAAGGAAACAACAGGAGUUAUGCUUCUUGCCAGAACAAAGGAAAUGGCAGCGAGAUUAUCUGAAGCAUUCAGGGACCGAAGAGUGAUAAAAAAGUACUGGGUCAUCACAAAAGGCACUCCUAAUCCCCCAGAAGGUAUCAUUGAUAUCCCAAUGAUGGAAGGAACUGUUGAUGGCAAAAACAGGAUGGCACUUCGGCCCAACUUCCUGCCAGACGGAAGGAUUGCCACAAAGACAUCCAUAAAAACAUUCAAGGCCGAGACUUAUUAUAAAGUUAGAGCGAGCCACGAAAACACGGCCAUCGUCGAGUGUCUGCCUCUUACAGAUGUUCGGCAUCAGCUUCGUGCUCACCUGUCAUUCGGACUGAAUACGCCUAUAUUAGGAGAUCACAAGUUCUCAAACCUCCUCAAGUUUGCUCCACAGAAACUGGACAGUACGACACUGAGGAGGCUGGGAGUACAACAGAGCAAAGUUCGUCACAUCCCGCUACAUCUACACGCCAUGUCCAUACUUAUACCGGAAUUCCUUGAUGGUCGUAAUCUGUUUGUUACGAGUAACCUGCCGAAACACUUCUGUAAAAGCAUGAGAUACCUCAAACUGAAUCCAAGACAAAAAUAACGAUUCAACGUCCUGUGAUUUUGUAAUUUCUUGGACAGAUGAUCGGAUUGAUCACUUUUUGUUUAUAUCUGAGAGUAGGUUUGGUCAACUUUUCCACAUUAAACAUCAGAGGAAAAAUUAAGAUAUGUUGGUGUACAGCAGAGAUUGUUGGAGAAUCGUGAAAAGCUAUCUGUAAAUAACAAGUCAUGUAACAAAACACAC